GUCGUGCAGUGCACAGGCACUUCUUUCCAGAACACAGAGAGCAAUGCUCAGUCUACUGACAGGCGAGCUAGCAGACCGUCAAGAAGUCAGGACAUAUUCUCAUAGCAUUAACAGACGGUAACACCACCAGUGAGUCUUCUGAAGCUCACUUUCAUUCUCCUGGGUGUGAUUGCUCCUGAAUGCACAUUCAACCUCCUCUACUACUGGCAGUGAAGACCUGCAGAUGCACUCAACCACAGGCUUACUUUUCAACCCUGCAUCUGUCUCAACACUCACACCAAAGCUGUACCCGCGGGAGGAGGAUACACAUGUUUUAUUGACAGAGCCACAGGUGGUUUGAGUUUAAGCGGCUGGUGGACUGAAAGGGUUUUUUUCCUGUGUGGUGAGCUGUGGCGUGUUUGGAGCCAGUAUGUUGCCUAUUGUUGAGGCAUGUUUGGUAUUCGUCCUGCUGGGCUCAGGGCAAGCUCAGGUUGCCACACAGACUCAGGGGCAGAGCCAGAACCGGGGCCAGGGGCAGGACAGCUCUGCCACCCCUUGGAGGCAGAUGAUUCAAUGGGAGAACAAUGGCCGGGUGUUUAGCCUGCUGAACAGUGGAGCUGAAUAUGUCCCUGCUGGAGCGGGUGCUCAGGACAGAGGUCCCAGGGUAGUUGUAGCAGAUACUCGUCUACACUCUUCACGUAGACCUCAGGGAGGCAAUGUCCGUCGACAGGCUCCAUCAAGAGGAUCCUCUGAGACAGUACGUGGUCAAGCAAGGCAUCCUUUUGGCUUUGGGCAAGUGCCUGAUAACUGGAGACAAACUGCAGGCAGCACAGGUGGUGGUCAGUUCCAGGGAUCCUCUAGUACUCGUAUUAGGCCAUCCACAGGCUCCUCAUCUUCAUCGUCAUCAUCAUCCUUUUCUUCAUCUUCUUAUCAUAUACCAUCCUACCCACAGUUCCCAUUUCCUCCACAGACUCCCUUCCAACCAGUACCUUACGACCCUAGUUUUGUGGAGGGACCAGUCAGGAGCUACGAGCCACCUUUUCAGCCUGUUGUUGGUGGAGGAUAUGGUGGUGGAGGGCAUAGUGCCGGACGCGGGUAUACUGGAGGAGGAGGAUACGGAGGUGGUGGUCUGGCCCCAGUGCUCCCGGGCUCGCCCUCUGAUUUUACUGACGAUGGUUACCGUUACUACCAAUCUUACGGCUACGCGCCAAAUCCUGUGGUGCCUGCACGUGCUGCCCAACCACCGUUUGCAGAUGGUCUGGACCAUAGAUACACACACAGUCUCUUCAAUGAGGAAUCUGCUCCUGCUGUCCCAGCCCCCGAUAGCAACCAGGCCGCUCCCGUUGUAGUGGACAGGCCAGGACCAGUUGGUCAACCACCAGUCAGGAGCCCUCAAUAUGAGCAGUUUCCUCCGUUUGGAAGACCCCAGCCUCCUUUCCUGCAGCCCAUUCCUCCAGGCAGAAAUUCUCCAAACUCAGCCCUUGAGAACCCCAGUAUGAAUGUCGGGAGUGUGUACCGACCAGAACAGAGAGGUUUGCCUGACCUGGUUCCUGAUCCCAACUAUGUGCAGGCUUCCACAUAUAUCCAGAGAGCCCACAUGUAUUCUCUCCGUUGUGCUGCUGAAGAAAAAUGUCUGUCAAGCACCGCCUAUGGCCCUGAGACCACCGACUAUGAUGUAAGGGUCUUGCUGCGAUUUCCACAGAGGGUGAAGAACAAGGGGACUGCCGACUUCAUGCCUAACAGGCCACGUCAUACCUGGGAGUGGCAUAGCUGUCAUCAGCACUACCACAGUAUGGAUGAGUUCAGCCAUUAUGAUUUACUGGAGGUCAGCACUGGCCGUAAAGUGGCAGAGGGACACAAGGCGAGCUUCUGUCUGGAGGACACCACCUGUGACUUUGGUCACCUGAAGCGCUAUGCCUGCACUGCUCACACUCAGGGUCUGAGCCCAGGCUGCUAUGAUACAUACAAUGCUGAUAUUGACUGCCAGUGGAUCGAUAUCACGGACAUCCAGCCUGGAAACUACAUACUAAAGCUCCAGGUUAAUCCCAAGUUCUUGGUACUGGAAUCAGACUUUACCAACAACGUGGUCAGGUGUAAUAUACACUACACAGGACGUUUUGUUAGAACAACCAGCUGCAAGAUAGCACAGUCUUGAUCAGGCACUGGAAGGCUGCCACACUAGAGUGACCCCGAUUGCUAUUCCAUUGAAAUGUGAAUGGAAUCCAUCUGUUGUUGGUUCAUUGUUGAUGUUGUUUGUCUCUACUAUUUUGUGCUGUCUUGGUAUGCUGGGCCCAUGGCAAACAAGGGUUCUACUAGCACUGAAAAGAGUGGGGGGGUUUAAAGUAGACAUGCAUACACACACACACAUGCACUGUUGCAUAAUGCAUAUAGCAUGUUGAUAAUACAGUAAUGAAUUAACAGUUCACAUCCUUACAAUCUAUGUUGUAAUAUUGUCCUACCUACUAUAUUCUUCAUAUUGGAACUCUACCAGUCUGGUUUGGUUAAUCAUAGGACACAUCAUUGACUUUCAAAAGAGGUGUUUACUGUAUCUGCACAUCAAAAAUCUAUGCACACCCCCUGGCAGAAUGGCUCGGUUUGAAUUAUAAAUAAAGAGUGAAACGGUGCCAGUGCUGAAAUCAGUAGUUCCAGACAAGUCAGGGUUCAGCUGCAAUCCAACAAAUAAAAUUAGAGAAGAAAGUCUUCCCAGGUGCAUUCAUCCAUGCAGUGUGGGGACAGACUGAGAUGCCCAGUGACUCAGAAGAACUAUAAUGUGUUAGUUUUUUUGUUUUUUUUCCUCUUCAAUGCCUCAGUGGGUCAGGCUGGGAUACUGUGAUUCUGUGGGCACAUCCUGUUUAAUGUUGUGUUAGCAGCAAAAGGAAGACAGCAGAUCAUAUUUGCAUUUGUCAACUCCAUCAAAUUAUAAGUCAACAUAAAGACAGUCUUUCAAAUCCUUGUAUUUUCAUGUUGUGUCCCCAUUUAUCCUUUCUUAUUUCAGUAAAACAGGAACAUGAAUCUCAACAGGCAGAAAAGGGUGCUUUCCAGGAAACAAGACUCACACUGUCUUAGAGUCUCCUCUUCAACUACCAACACUGGUCAGAUGGCACAUAGGUCAUCUACACCUUUUGAAGAAUGUAUAUACAAAUAUUCCUCUGAUGCAUGACUUUAAUGAUGGAGAUCAUUGUGUUGUAAGUGAUUGUACUUUGGUUAUCCAGUUUGACCUGUUACUGUAUUUUGUGAAAUUCAGUGAACUUAUGUAUAUACGUAUAUAUGUCUAUAUAUAUACUGUAUAUAUAUAUAUAUAUAGACAUAUUUCUUGAUAAUCUGAAUUAUUCAAAUAGUAUGUGUGUUGAUGGAAAAAAACACUACUGCUACAGACUUAGUAUUUUAAUGCAGAGCGUCAGAAAGCCAUCUCUACCUACCUCUCCAACUGAGUGAGCUGUUGUUUCCUGUUAAUUGUUUGGUUUUCAUUGGAAAUCUCUGCAAUGAUUUGCUGUUGCCUCACCACUCUCUUGCAGCACAUAGCCAAAAACCUAAAAUCUAUUGAAUAUAAGAACACACAAUGACUUAGAUUUCAGUCUUGGUUGGUUAUCACAGCACUCCUUGAGCAGCAAUACAGCAGAAGAACUGUAAACUGGUGCAUCUGUUUAGAGUGCAACCAAACAAACUCAUGUUUUAAUAAAGAAGCCAGUCAAUAAGUAAUAUGCUGAGAAAAAAUAGUAUCAAAAAUUGGGUUUAAUUGUGUGAAAAUCUUAAGGAUUAUAACUUUAAUAUCUAGAAAUGUGAUUAGUGAAGUUUAACUUUUUUGCAGUAACAAUUCGGUCUCCGUGUAGUGAUCACACAAUGACAAUGCACCAAAAUUACUUUGCUGCUGUCGAGUUUUUUUAAUUUCUCUGUUUUCAUUCUGCAGAUUCAAAAUGCUUUAAAUGCAGAAUAGGCCUCUUGUAAAUAGUCAGUUCUUUAAUUUGAUCGGCAUUUUACUUUGGUAGCACAUGAUCAUACUGUUAAGAUGCAACAACAUGCGAUUCUGACAUUAAGCAGAACGACAGCACAAGAGUAGGUGACAGUUAUGCAGCAUCUUUGACAUGAGGUGAUGAAAUUUGUAUUUUUCGAACAGUGAACACCUGUCAAAAAUGUCAUAUACAAUAAAUACAUUUACACAUC